AUUGCUCAAUACUGAGCCCGUCAGCUGACAAUGACAGUGCCCAAUGUUAAUAUCAUAACUACUUCUGACUCAUUCCUGGAUGCCAACUCACAGUCAGUCAGCGUGGACUGUGAAUGAACACCGGUCUGCAGGAACAGAGGCUACAAGAACCUUCAACAUUAGACCUGUACUUUUACUAGUAUCAUUAAUUUGAACAACACAGUUUGCUCUGAGAGGUUAGAGGAUGCAUUGCGGUAUAUCCUGGUUUAUUCAUGUGCUUCUGUUCCUUUUAACUUCCUCUGUAUAUCUAAAUGGAUCCUGCUUGGAAUCAGCAGGCAGUAAACCUCCUCGGCCAAUAAUCGCUGAGCUGCGGGCUAAUGUUGCUACACAGAGCCUUGUGGUGAAGUGGCUGGUCAAUCACACUGGUUUAACAAGGGAAAGCGGUGAUACUUAUGAAAUACAGGUCGGACGCACUGACAACCUCACUAUCGUUCACAACAGUAAAGUGAGUAGCUGUCCUUUCGGUAGUGACUCCACGUUAACAUGGACCUGGGUGUCUACUCUGCCUUUACAAUGUGCUGACCAUUCAAUCAGAAUACGACGUUUAUGCAGCCAUGCAGACCCAAGUGACUGGAGCCAAUGGAAGACAAAUUAUGGUGCCCAAGACACAGUGGACAGAGUUUGGAAAAAGACCAAGAUGUUUCCCUACCAGCAGGUGUUAAAGGAGGGCUCCACUAUCUUGUUCUGCUGUGUCCCUCCUAGAGGCAUCCACGUCACCAAUAUGACCUUCAACUCCACCACCAGCUACCCCCUGAUCAACAUCACUCACAGAGUCACAGCCAUUGCUGUCCACAACCUAAACAUCACACAAGCAUCCGGCUCCGGGGUGUACUCCUGGUGUGAGGAUACAACAGAGAAGAGGAACAACUACUGCUCCAACUUCAUCAGCUUUUCUCCCCAGAGGCCGGAGAACCUGAGCUGCAGGACUGAGGACCUGAGAACUGUUAUCUGCACCUGGAACCCUGGUAGACCUGCUAACCUGUAUGAACCCUACAAACGCACACACACCCUUCACAUAAAGAACACUGUUGAGGAUCCUAUCAAGUGUGGUGAGUGGUUCUGCAGGUUCCAGGCUGUCCCAGGCUUAGAGUGGUAUCAUGUCUCAGUGGUAGUCAAAAACCAGCUAGGAGAGGAGAAACAAAGCUACAGCUUCAACAUCACUGACAGAGUGUUCCCAGUCCCAGAGGGAGUGAAAGUGAGUCCAGGGGUGACAGAAGCCAAUGUGUCCUGGGUUGUGAGGGGGAACCUGUCUGGGGUGGAGCUCUUCUGCCAGGUAACAGCAGACCCAGUAGAGCCUAGGAGACCGACACACCUGGCUGAAGCAGCAGACCUACAGAGCAUAUCCAUGCAUCAGGUGUGCAAUGGAGGCUCGGACGAACGUUGUGAUGUCAGCCUAGAGCAGCUCUCGCCCAACACCCGUUAUGCCACCAGGGCGCGCUGUGCUGUGAGAGGGAACCUAGAGGGAGAGUGGACACAACCCACGCACUUCACUACCUACCCCCUGGUGAGGCUGGAUGUGUGGAGGAGGGUCAGAUUGCUGUCCCAUGGUCAGCGCAACGUCACUCUGCUCUGGAUCCCGCAAUUAAGUGGCUCGGCAUCUAGUGUUAAAAUCCAGGGCUACAAGGUACGCUGGAGGCAGGAGGGGUGCCAGUGGAUCCUGUGGAAGGACAGAGAGCAGACACAGACUGAGAUCUCCAUUGGCCCAGGGCAAUGUGACAUGAUCAUCCAGGCUGUUAUUCAGCCUGGCUCCUCCCCCCCAGGCCACAUCACCAUACCUCCGGUGGAGAGAAUAGAGUAUCUUUGGAAUGCCACGCGUGUGAGUGGGAGUGCCAGCGGAGGCUUCCACCUCAUCUGGAAAGAGCAGGAAGGUGUCACUUGUGGGUACACUGUAGAGUGGUGCACAGUGGGAAGCGGAGUUUCCUGCACUCUGCAAUGGAGGAGGGUGCCAGUGGGAAACACAUCAGUGUCCCUACCAGCAGGGGAUUUUAAAGCGGGUCAUAGGUACACCUUUGAUAUAUAUGGCUGCACUGACGAAGGAGACAAACUACUGGAGAUCCUCACUGGCUACUCCCAGGAACUCAAGCCUGUCCAGUCUCCCAGUCUGGUUGAGCCCAUUCGAACAACUUCCUCUUCUGUGACACUGGAGUGGCAUUACCAUGAGGACGACCACUCUCACCCAGGGUUCAUCACUGGUUACUUGGUAACCGUGCACAAGACAGGGUCUCAGAGGUCACCAGGUCAUGUGCCAAGUCCUUUUACCAAGACGGUGGCAGACCCCCACAAUAAGUCUCUAACCAUAGUAGGACUGCAGGAGCACCAGAAGUACACCUUCCAUCUGAGUGCACUCACUAAUGUUGGACCAGGCCCGCAUACUACUGUAACUGUCAAGACCCAGACAAUCCCCUCUAUUCUCCUGGCUAAGAUCUUAACUCCUCUCCUGCUGCUGUUGGGGCUUGCCAUCCUCCUGUGUCUAUUCUGGAAAAUGCUGAGGAGUUGUAUAGUGGAGCUGUUUGGGUACCCUGCUGGGAUGAACAUCAAACCAAUUGAACUGGACCGACACAUACAUGAGACCAGUGAGAGGCUGCGGUGUCUCAAGGUGGGGGACUGUGUCUGCAGUGACAUAGAGAUCCUGAACGUCAGGCCAACCAUGUCAGAGAGGAUGCCUCUCAUUCACCCCAAACUCCCCCGCCUUUCUUCCUCUUCCACCACCAUUCCCUCCUCUUCAUUCUGCCCUGUGCACCCUUCCUCCUACUCUUCAUCCAUGUCUUCCUCCUUGCCCUCCCUCUCACCUUCCUGUCCAUCCUUUUCUACUCAACACCUGCACCAAAAAGGGUACUGUCCACAGUCACCCACAGAAGUCUGGGAUUGCUCAGUCCAGACAAGCCUCACCAACAGAAGUUAUUUCCACUCUGUGGGGGCGGAGCAAUCCGUUGAGCUGAAACCAAUCAGAGUCACAGACAGCAGUGACUUCUCCAGCUCACCAAUCAAGCUCUCCAAUCUCAUCACCAGCGAGCCUUCUGAGGGGCCGCAGUUACGACCAGGGGCAUUAUUGGAGAAUAUUGAUGGAUACAUCACCACUGACUCAUUAGUUCAAUGAUUUUCAAGUCAAUGACUGUAUAUAUGAAUGGACAAAGCCAUUGAUUACAUGACACCAUUCAUUCCUAUGUGAAGACUUAAUAGCGCACUGAAGCCAAAUUUAGUCAGUCAUGUAGACAUACAGUAACAUGCUCAGUUUGAGCUACUCCUGGAAGUGACUUUGCUGGUUAGCUUAGUGCUGCCCCUCUCAUUGAAUAACUCCGCUUGAAGCCCGACUGGUGUUGGCUGCCACUAGCAACUAAAUUAUACUUCUAAAUCAAAAUGUAUUUGUCACAAUGCACCGAAUACAACAGGUGUAGACUUUACCUUGAAAUACUUACUUACGAGCCCUUAACCAACAAUUCAGUUAAAAAGUGAGAAAAAAAUGUAACU